CUCAGCUGACGAUGCCGAUCAAAAGUUCGGAACGAAAGCCGAGAAAAGUUUGAUUCGCAAAGCAUUAUGAUUGCCGCGCCUGUAUAAUCAACGUGUCAUAGGUCAAGCCGAUGAGAUACCGUUUCGCAGACCACGACGUGCAGUUUACAGCGUGUUCUUCGACGAAACACCGACUAGUUCCCUGUUGUUCCAUCUGUCUUCGCGUCCUUCUACAUUUCGUUAUAUAAUUUGCACUAAAACAAUAACAACCACGGCUUCGUCAAACGUCGAUAAUCGAAAAGAUAAAGAGGCGAAUUCGCAAAUGGCGCGGACAAACGUAAAAAGACGGCAUUCCGAUUUGCUGCAUUUCGAAUCCGUCGUAAGGAUCACAAGCCUUCCGAUCGUCGAAAAUAGUAUACACAUUGCUGGAAGCGUGUACGAUAGAAUAAAGCGUUCGAAUUAUCUAAUGAGCUGGAGUUUAUGCACUGCUGAACAAUCACUGGCUAUUGCGACAGCAUCCGCCAAACCUGCAAUUUAUGCUUUGAAUGGGCCAAUUACGACGAUUGAUCAAUUGCUUUGCAAAGGUAUCGAUAUCGUUGAACAGAGAGUGCCAGCCAUACACCUUCCUCCACAUCUUAUGUACUGCAACGCACGAGCAUACGUGAACAACAAAAUCGUGAGGCCAGUUUUAAUGCGCGCCGGAAGCGUGAAGCAAAUAGGAAGUCAAGCUGCAAGCGUCGCAGCCGACACUUUGGACGGUGCUUUGACUGUCGCGGAUAAAUACGUUGAUCAUUAUUUGCCUGCUGAUCCAACUGACAAAGAAGAGAUUACUCCUUCUGAAUCAGUGAGCAAAACUACACGAACGAUUAAACAUGGCGCCAGGCUUUCUAGAAAACUGCAGAAACGAUUGACGCGUCGUACUUUGGCGGAGGCUCGAGCGCUUAAAGAACAGGGAACAGAAUGCAUUCAUGUACUUUUAUACGUGGUAGAACUACUAGCAACAGAUCCAAAAUUAGCGUACAAAAAGGCAAAGGAACUAUGGGCAACGUUAAGUUUACCCGAACCGGAGAACCAAGCUCGACCAGCUACUUUGGAACAAUUACUGGUCUUAUUAACUCGCGAAUCUGCACGUCGCAUCGUUCAUCUGGUCAAUGGAACAACAGCGUUAGCAGCAAGAACUCCUCGCGAUGUUGGCAGAAUUCUCAUGAAACUUUCACAUCAACUGCUCGCGGUUGCAGACGCUACUUUACAGAUGAUGCCUAUCAUUGGCAAGAAGGAUGCUGCAAAACAACAGAUUUCAGUGAUACGUUCAGCCAUACAAAGGAUCAAUGCAACCAUGAAUAAUUUAUUGGAACAAUUUGCUGCUUUUCUGGCUGGUCGUCCAACUGUUUCGAAAAUAACGCACGUCCCGAGCCAUCAACAGAAUCACAACAACCACAUGUCGAUGUCCUCCAAUCCGCCGUUAAAUGGUAUAGAGUAACAUAAUCGCGAUUAUUCUGUUUGAACAAUUUCGCAGUAGUUUUUGUUUCAAGGUCAGUAACAGUAAGAAAGACUUCGGAUUGAUAUUUCACAACAGAGGUUAGUAACGUCCGAUCCACCGCCAUAACACGAUUCUUGAAAAAGAAUCAAAUAGACGACGAUAUUUUAAUCAAUGGCACAAUAUACUAGUGUCAAUUUUAGCUUACAAUUGUUGUUGUUAAGACUUUAUUGUCUAUCUUUAGCUUCUAGCGUACAAAUGUAUAAUAAUUUGUAAAAGUAAGGAAGUGUACAAAAAUAAAGAUUAAUUUUUUUUGGAUCGUUAUUA